AUGGAUUGGUUCUCAUGGCUCUCUCGAACAAAUCUCGAAGAUUCCCUCAUCUACGAGUACGGUCUCUCCUUCUCACACAACGAGCUCGAGUACGAAGACAUCACUUACUUCAACCACGAGUUUCUCCAGAGCAUGGGGAUCUCCAUCGCCAAACACCGCCUCGAGAUCCUCAAGCUCGCUCGCCGGGAUCGGAAGCCGUCUCCGCUCACCGCUCGUUCGGUUUCCAGAGUCCUGAUCGCGAUUAGGAAAACCGGUAAAUGCUUCUCCGAGUAUGUCCGGGGCUGGAUCCGACGCGAGGAAUCGUCUCGGGCUCUCGUGCUUGUUCCGAGCGGUAAUAGCGGCAAGGGGAGAUGGAGAGGCGCUUUGUUGAAGAGGAACAAGAGAUCGGUGAUGCCGAACAACGGAAAUGGCGGAGGAUUCGGUAAGGAAGAGAGACUUCUGCUGACCAACGGGGCUCCUUGUAGGUUUGAUAGCUUCUCCUCGAAUCCAAUGGUUCUCGAUUACGGUUUGAAAGAGGACAAGGAUUGCGAUGCUGAUGAUACUUCCUCGGGGAAAGAUGUUGCAGAGGUUAAGUGGGAUUCAAUGUUUCAAAAUCUGAAACCUACUUGA